AUGCUUCUGUCAGUAUUGGCGAGAGGAAUUCCUCGUGCAGCCGUCCAAGCACUGAGGUCCGCAGCUUUGGGUGCUCGUUGGUCGUCUGUUUCGGCCCAGACGCAACCUUCUCAUACCAGCCAAGGUGAACAAAAUGGAAAUGGACACAAGAGACAAAACGGACAGUCUGCAAGAAAAGACAAAGUCGAAGUCAAUUCGCAAGCUCAGAAUGGUGACAAGAACACAUCUAAUGGCGCAAGACCUGCCAGAAGAGGAAGAAACCACAUCUCCAACAGAAAGGUGAGAGACAUUUCAACCCAGGUCAAGCAGUCGGUGUCCACUGCAUCUGGUGCCGAGAUUGGCGAGGCCAUCGAUAUCUUGGAGGAGGGAAUCUCGUACUUGAGAGAAAUCCAAGCGGCCGAGCAAAUCCCCGACGAUUUAUUGUACUCGGUGUUCCAGCCUAUCACAGCAGACCUUUUCGAUAAGAUCCAGAGUGAUGAAGCCGUUUUGGGCCAGAGAACCAUCGGCCUGGUAUUGAACAUGUUGGUCACUCACAAAAUUGCCCACAAUUACCACUUCUUGAAGGCUGCUGAAGCAGCCAUUAAGGGAAAAUCAAAUCUGGAAGCCUACACCGAUGUUUUGCAAAUUUGGCUUACCUACUUGGAGUACACCAAGGAGGUUGGUGUUGGCCGCAUGAACUUUGUCAUCAAGCUGCCUUUUACUGCCUACAAGGAGCGUAACUUUGAUUCCAGAGACUUGCAGAACUUGACCUACUUUGUCUAUGUCAUGCACUGCUUGGAAUCUGGUGUCGACUACUCCGUCAAGGAUGCCAUGAAGCUCUUGCAGAUACUGGAGACCUCGAGAGUGCCUGAAAAAUUCCAUGUGACUGGCACCAUCAGACGCUUGCAGUUGGGAGAGUUGAAGGACGCAGUGGCCCUUUACGAGAAGAAAAUCAACGACAUCAACACCAAGGCAAUGGACCCUAAUGGUACAUUUGUCGCUCAGAGAAUUCAAAAUGCCAUCACCCAGAACAACCCGGUCAUGUUGAAUACCUUGUUUGAGCAGAUGAAAACCGCAUCUGUCACCAAUGAAAUUGCGAUUACCGAACCAACUUUCAACAGAGUCAUGAACGCAUACAUUGAAUUGCACCGCUUUGAUGAGGUCAUUGACAUCUUCAGAGACUUGUUGGCUUCGAAAGGUAAUCCCUCUGUGGCCACCUGGGACUUGGUAAUCAAGGCCAUGGGACACCCUUCCCAUGUGAAGGACUUGUCUGGUCCAGAGAAGAAGCAGAUGGUCGAGAACGUGGAAAAUACCGUCAAGACAAUGUUGGCAUCUGGCGUGGAGAUGAAUGCCAGAACUUUGGCUGUGGUGGUUGGCGCAUUUGCCAAUUUGAAUAGAUUCGACUUGGUAGAUGAGUACUUGAAGGAGUACAAGAAUGUUCCAGUGGUUCAUUUGACUAGAAACAACAUUUUGCUCGGAUUAUUGAGCAAUAAGAGGACGUCAGAGGCCGAAGCCAAAUUGAAGGAGUUUUCUGCUAAAGAUUCCUCCUAUGUGCCAUCUACUAAUGUCAUGAACGGCUUUUUAGCUCACUAUGUGGAUACUGGCAACAACGACGCCGUGGAAGGUAUUCUCACAUACAUGAAGCAGCACGGAAUUGAGGAAAACGUGGCCACCAUGACAACCUUCAUCAGUUACUACUUCAAGAUGUACCGUAGCAAGGGUAUGGUUCCUGAUGUUUCUGCAUUGUUAGCACAGUUGAAGAACAGUAUUCCAUACAACCAGUUUACUGUGACCACCAUCAUUGAUGGUUUGGCCAAGGACGGUGUGAACUUGGAGGCUGCUCGAACCAUGUUCGAACACUUUUGCAAGGAAAACUCUAGAUUUAAGUACAACAUGGGUUUGUUGACUACCAUGAUCCGGGCUGAAUUGGACUUUGGUUCUGUAGCUAGUGCUGAGGAUUUGUUUGAGUUCUACGUGGCCAACUUGCGUAACGAUACCAGACUGUGGAACAUGAUGAUUGCUGCAUUGUUGCCUAAGCAGGAGAAGCUUGCACUUAACUAUUACAAUCGUCUUUUGGAGCAGGCGCCAUUCAAGGUGAAACCAAAUUAUUACACAUACUAUUUCAUGCUUGACCACUUUGUGAAGAGUGGAAACAACCAGCGGAUCCAGUGGACACUUGACGAAAUUGCCAAGGCUGACUUGAGUGAGUUGGGAGGCAGUUUGCCACGGAUGAUUUCACGGUUGAGACUGAAGUUCGAGUUGGCCCCAACGUUGAAAGAGAAGGUGACACAGAAGAGUCUGUAA